AUGCUACCUGACUCGCCAGAAUACGCAUCCUCGGAAAAACGUGCGAAGAAUCCUCACAUCGGUGCUCCUCAUGGAGAAUACCCGCCCCCGCCACCAGCAUAUAUGGAGGUCGACAAUCGUCCCGCGAGGGGUCCUCUUGCGGACGCGUCCUUUCCUCGCCAGGAGAGCCGAUCUCGUUCACCUUACAUGCCCCCUCCCGGCCCCCCUGAUGACCGAGAGUUUAAGUCUGCAGCAUAUGGCCCUGGGCCGAGCGCAGACGGACCUUGGGCCAAGGAUGCUUCAAUGCCUUACGAAGGUCGUGGGUCCUACGAUGCGCCUCGCGGAAUGCACCAGUCCUACGCUGGGUAUCCAGCUGCUGGGCCACCACCCAGCCAACCUUAUUCUGGGUAUGCAAGCCCUUACGCGGCACCCAGUCAGCCGCAUGGCCCCUACGCUUCCCAGCCUGGCAUGAGCUACGCAUCUGGCGGCUAUGCAGCGUCUUCUGGCUACAGUAGCAAUGAGCAGGUAUACGCAGGUGCUAGCCGCUUCGCUUCUCCCAGCAUGGGACGUAUGUCUCCUGGAAUGGCGCCAUGGGGUAUCAGGGGCGCUCUGUUUUCUCGCGCGGACAUGCAAUCAUCCUACGCACCGAUGAGAGGCCCGAGAGGCGGUGGAGGCCUGUUCAGCGGGGCCCUGAUGAACCUCAGUCAAUCCCCAGCGCAAGGCGUACGCUCGCUUCUCGACCCGCCGCCGCCGUCCUUCCGUCGAUCUGCGCGCCCGGAUCUGCCGUAUGAGCCGUUCGAACCUGCGUCGAUUACCAGCCUGGACAGGGACCUUGACGGAGGCUUUCCUAUGGCCGCACCACCAUCGCGAGCCGUGCCACACCCCUUUGCUACGCAUGACAUAUUCGAGGAUGAUUGGUGUCGGUUCGUGCAGGAUGUACGAGCAGCGGCGGCAAUCUCGUCCGAGAUGGCUGCGCCAACGGGUAGGAGAAUCGGGUUAGUGGGAACGCUGGUAUCGCUGGGGGUAGAGCAAGCGACGAAGAGCAAGAGCAGCGAUGCAGUAAGCCAAUUGAUCGAUCAGUGGAACAUGCAUUUCUUCCAUCCUAGGCAAAUGACAGUGGUCCUCGCGAAAGGCUCGAAGGCCUAUAACGGGUCGGGCAGUGCAAGUCCCCCAGAUAUCAUGUCCGUGGAUGAAGAUAAGCAUGCCAAUGGGAAGUGGCGGCUGGUCAUUGCCUACCGGCCUGAGAGCGGAUACUAG